UCAUACUGCUUCAAAGUGUGUUGUUCGUGUGCUCUAAAUACAGUGCAAAAGUGCCAACACAGUAGUUAUUAUUCGAUAAUUUCACGACUAUUUUACCUAAAAAUGGUUGAAUCUAAGCCAGACAAAUCGGAAAACAAAGAGAAUGAAGGUCCGGAAAUGGAUAUCUCUGAGGAAGACAAUGUUCCGACUAAGAUUUUCAACAUUGAAAUUUUACGAGUGAUUAAGGAUUUGCAGCUGCAGCAUGGUCUCCGCCAUGGAGAUUACCAACGCUACCGUGGUUAUUGCUCUAGGCGAGUUAAACGUCUCAGGAAGACGCUCAAUUUACCUCAAGGAGAUAAGAGGCAUUAUAGAAAAAAAGACGUGACCCUGGCGAACCUAGAGAAGGACAACUCUGAUGAACGCAUAAUACAUAUUCCGUUGAUGUUGGCCGAACGAGCCUGGGCAUAUGCGAUGCAGCUGCGGCAGGAGGCGAAUACAGAACCUAGGAAGCGGUUUCAUUUGAUAGGGAAAUUACGCAAGGCAACGGUUUAUGCGCUGCAAUUGCAAGAACUUUGCAGUUCGGAUUAUUGCGAUGCUAGAACUAAGUUGGAAGCGGAAGCCUAUUCUGCAUGGAUACACGGUUCAUUACAUUUCGAAUUAUCAUUGUGGAAGAGUGCUGCUGAGAAUUUGAAGAAAACUCAGGUGAUUUACGAGAAUCUUGCUCAAGCUCUUCCGGAAGAAGAGCAAGCUAUCUACAGGGCUAAGGUAGAUGAGUUAGCUCCAAGUCUACGCUACUGUGCGUACAAUAUUGGUGAGAAUGCUUCGAUGAAUGAUCUGUUGGAGAUGCGCGGCCAGGGAAUGUUGGACAACCUGAGUACUUUGGUUGCUCAAACAAAAACAGAAAGUAUGGAAGCUUUUCAGACUACCGAAUGGCGUGGUCGGAAGGUCACGGUUCGCCCCGAGAAGGUGCGUUUGUUUCUACUUAGUAUUCAGGAGCUAGCCAAAAGUAUUGAAAAGGCCAAGGGAUAUCCGGCGAAAAUUGAGCUACUAGAGAAUGUUUUGAUGGAUUGUAAGGACGCAAUCUCCGCCAUCAAGGAUGAAAUCAAGCAAGAUCCAAAAUUGCGUUCAAGCAGCGAAAGCGGCACGAUGACCGCAACUCAAUAUCUUUUAACAUUUUUGUCUUACACACGUUUGAAGCUGACUUUGGAAAGGAACCUGUUUCUGGUUGCUCAAGGCAAGAUGAGUUUGGAUGAUCCUAAUAUUUCUGACAAGACCUUAAUCGAAGGAAAAAAGACGAAACCACAGGAUUUGUCACGUUUGUAUGAAAUCAUUCUUCAAAAUAUCUCUGAAAUGCAACAACUGCCAGGAAUGGAAUCGGAUACGCAGUACCAAUCGGAAAUUGAGACCCUGAGCGCUUCAUUCAAAUCAUUCCGUUGCUACUACAUUGCUAUUACUUUGAUUGCUCUGAAACGUUGGCGAGAGGCCGUGGCCAUGUACGAACGAUCCACCAAAUAUGCCACGGAUGCCAUUGCUUCGAAAACCAUCAGCGCUGAUUUUGAUUUGCGUGAGGAACUGCAACAACUUGUUCAAACUAUUGAAGGUUGCCGAUUCUCUGCCCAUGCUCAGAGUGUUCUGGAGGAUGACACCAACGAAGAAUCCGUUUUAUAUGGCAAGAGCGCUAAGACAUCCAAGCCUCUUUUCGAUCGAUUAUCGGUUUAUAAGGAGGAUGCGACGUUGAAUUCUCGCAAUCCGAAUGUGUUCAAAUUGACACCGGAGAUGCAACCGAUUCCUGCCAAACCGCUGUUUUUCGAUUUGGCUUUGAACUUUGUCGAAUUUCCUUCGCUGGAAGAGAAAGUCGAACAGAAGGGUGGGGCUAAAAAUACUGCCGGAAUGUCCGGAUUCGUUAAGGGACUGUUCGGCUGGGGAGGAAGUGGUGGAAAGUAAGAUUUCGUUAUAUUCAAAUGCAAGCAUGCAUUUUACUUUGUUUUUUUUCUUUUGUCAUAAUAAAUGCGAAAAAUGAGAUGGUCAAUUUUUAC